AUGGGCUUUCAGGGCAACACGACAACUUCUGUGGCCAGCACUUCCUGGAGCCGCGCCCCACAAACCUCCUUCGCUGGCACUCCAAGCCAUGCGUGGCAUCCGACGCCGCACAGGGCGCACGGGAGGCUCUUCCCCACUGUACCGGAGUUCCCAAAAGAAGCGGCCUCGGGGCCCUCCCAGCGGAAGCUGCUCUCGGCAGUGCGGAGGGCCGGGCUGAGGCGGGACGGGACGCUGCUGCUGGCGGGUUCUGCUUUCUGCCGGGGCAGUGACCCUGUGGGCACCCAUGUGGCUGCUGACCUCGCUCCUGUGCCUUUCGCCCCUCCUGGGACUGUACUUACGGAGAAUGGAUCCUUGACUAUAGUGAACUUGGAGAAGGAUGAUGCUGGCCCAUAUGAGUUAGGGUACUGGGAUUCUGUGGAAGAACGCUGCUUAGACUUCGUACUUGUUGUGUUAGAUUCCCUUCCAAAACCUGAAAUAAAUUGCAACACCAGUGAUGGUGAACUUGUAUUAAACUGUACAGCAAAUUUCCAGGGGUCUCUGAAUUACACUUGGAAGCUCAGUAACAAUCCACACAGUUAUCGGAACCAGGAGCUUUCCAUCCCUUUGAAGAAUGUUGAUAUUACCACCAGCGCUACAUGUAUCAUUAAAUUUUCACAAACAGAAAGGAGCUCCGAAAUCUCUUUGAUUCAAUGCCUUCCAGAAGGAAAAGGAGACAGUUCUCACAAACGACAUAGAAAUAUUCUUAUAUGGGCUGGCCUCCUUACUGCAUCUAUUGUCCUAGUGGUAAUCCUAGAAUUCCUGCACAGGAAAGGUAUAAUUAAACUUGGAACAAGAAGAAAGACUGCUCAGAAUAAGAGUCCAGUGAAUGGCUCAGGAGAGCAUGAGCAACUUUACUCUGGGAACAGCCAACAACAAUCUAACUCAGAUGGAGCUGCAUGUUCACAUGCUGUUCAUUUUAAGAAUGAAGAGCCUGAAGCAGACAGAGCAUUGAAUGAGAAUGACAGGGCCCUGAAAGGCAAGAAGAUAGUUAAGAAUGCUGUAAAUCAGGAAGAAGUGAUACAGGAUGCAGGAGGUGAAAAUGGGGGGUAUCUGGACAACUCCACUUAAGGAGAUCUUAAAGCAUAAACAAAUAAUUGCUUUGUUGCCCAAACAAACAUGGAAGAGAAGCAGUAGAAUUUUCAGUGAUGAAAGAGGUGCUACCUUUUCCCUUCCACAAGAAAUGAAGUUGUCAGAGCUUCAUCAAGAAGCCCUUUGAAGACAGGCUGAACUGUUUCCAGUGCCUUUUUUUUUUCCUCAGGAAAGACAGCCUCCUUUGCUAGUGUUACUAUGUGAAGACAAAUAGGCCAAAUCAUGGACAAAAUCUUUUGAAUUGUUUUGUAUAUGCUUUUAACAAACCAUAUGGUUUGUUAUGGUUUGUUACAUGGUUGUUUUAUGGGGUUUUUUACUAACACACUAAAGCCUCUUUGUAGUUAAUAUAUAGAGAUUUACAAGGUUUUAUAUACUUGCAUGAAUGUGAACAAAUCAAAAACUGAUCAGCUUUCACUUUUUUAUCAGUACCUUCUUACAGUCAGAAAAAAACCUUCAUCCUUCAGCAGGCCCAGAUAGGUGGAAGUUAGCAUUUUCUAGUCUUGGUUCUAGACAAAGCUAUGUCCUAUGUUUGCCAGAUGCCUGGCAAAUGGAUCAUCAUGUGAUAAAACUACAUUUCAGCUUGUUGUUGCACUGUAACAGAGCUAUUAUUACCAGCAGGUUUGGGCUUUUCCUAAAGCUUUUUAUAUUUUUUUAACUUUUAGGACUUUUUAAGCCUUUGUUCUUCAUAUUUUUUGAAGAAUGUCAUCUCACUUCUACUCAUUCUUAGGAAAUAAUAGUAUGUUUUUAAGUUGCUUGAGACAAACAAAAACUUGAAAACUGAGGUCAUGCAUAUAAUGAAAUUUAAAAAGAAUCAAAAAGAAAACCACCAUGCAUUAAUGUUUUCAGAACACCAAGCUAUGGAGUGCUUUUCAUUGUGUUUACAUGCUGGCUGUUUAUGAUAGUUGAAAGCCAGUUUAGUUCAUUUUGAACAUGGUAUCUGUAAAUAAUCAUGAAGGUUUGACACUGGUAACCGAAGAUCAGAAGACACUGGUAACCUUCAGCUUUCCUCUUGUUUUGACUUUUGCCCUUUCCACUCCCACAAUUUCUUCUUCUAUUUGCAGCUGUACUGCAUGAGUGUACAGCUUGUAUACUGUACACUGUGCAAACGUUCAAAAACCACUUUUGGUAGGGCUAGACCUUUUAUGUCUACUUCUCUCUGUAAAUAUUUGUAAUUUAUUAAAAAAAAUAUUCAAGAUGUAAAAAACUUUGUCUUUUUGUAAUAUAUACAUACAUCUUUUUAUUUAACCUUAAAAUUUACUAACUGAUCCCAAAAAUAAUCUUAACCAAAGUGAUGUAUUUUAUACGGGUUUUUUAUUUGUUUGUUUGGUUGCUGUGUUUUGGAGGGUCAGUAUUCCUGACCCAAGUGUCCUUCUCUGUUCCACUUUCAAUAAAUUUAUCAGGAUAA